CGAUAGGUUCCGAAUAAUAUUGUUGAUUUUCUGAGUAGGCAAAAUGGCAGCGGUGAAGAGAGCAAGGAUGUUUAAAAUUUGGGUUAUCUGCUAUUCUUUCCGAGAUCUAUUUGCCUGAGGAACUGAACAUACAGUCACAAUGGAUGGUGACCUGCUACAACUCCCUAUUGUUGACGAUGAUGCCGGCGUACCAGAGGAACCACCGGACAUCGAGAACCAACUGGACAACUUCCGUGAGAGCUGGCAGAAUGAGAUUUUAGAGCAAGCUAAGGAUAUGAAGCUGAAGGACAGUGACUCUAAUAUCAACCCUGAUAUUGAAGAACAUGCCAAGGUGCUGUUUCUACAGGGAAUGCAAGCUGAGCAGUGUGGAUCACUGUAUGAAGCCAUAUCCUUCUACAGACGGGCGAUGCAUCUGGUACCUGAUAUAGAAAUGAGGAUUGAUUACACCUGUCUUAUCCGGCCUCAACGAGUUCGACAAGAAAGUGAGAGCUCUGUUAACAGUGUUGACUUUGAAGAAAUUGAAGAUGACCUGGCUAGCCAUUUACAGAGGCUGAGAGUACAAGAGGAUGACAACACAAUCUGUGUUCCAGAGUACGAACAAAGGACAUCCCAUAUUUCCUGUCUGCCCAUCGAGGUCCUGAACCUUGUUUUCAAGUGGAUCAUAAGCAACGACCUUGACAUGAAAUCUUUGGAGAAUCUGUCAGAGGUCUGCCGUGGCUUUUACCUGUGUGCCCGAGAUGAAGAAAUAUGGCGACUUGUGUGUAUCAGAUUGUGGGGUAUGAACAGGGGAAGUUGUAAGAAGUUCGGAGGCUGGAGAAUGAUGUACAUUGAAAAACCACAUCUACUUUUCCAUGGUUGUUACAUCUGUAAGUGUACCUACACAAGACCUGGAGAGCAAAGUCUGGAUGGUUUUUACAGACCCUGGCACGUGGUGGAUUACUACAGAUAUGCAAGGUUCUUUCCAGAUGGUAACAUGCUGAUGCACACAAGUUCUGAUGAACCGAUGAUGAUGCUGGGCAAAUUAAAAUCUAAACAGGCAAGAGAACAGGGACUCCUGAAGGGGUACUACCGUCUCCUUGGUGACAGGGUAAGUGGAGUGCUGAAACGUGUAAAACCAACCACAGAUGCCACUGCUUAUAUCAAGCAUUCCAGGCACCGAGAGCAGAUGAGGAACAGGCACAGCAAUGAACAGACUUUCCACGUGGAGUUUGAGAUUACCAAUGCGGGAAAGCGCAAACACUCACGGCUGAACUGGCUCCAGUACUCAGUUCACAUCAAAUACAAACUCAAUGAUUCGGAGACCGUGUCCGACUUUGAGUUAAACGACAAGAGUUAUCCCUCAUUGUUGUUCUCCCGCGUUAAGAGCUACAGCUCAGGGCUUGAACCCCUGAGUUAGCCGACAGUUUACAUCCAGAUUGAGAGAGUGAUGCACUGUACAAAACCUUUGAUCCCUGCUGCUAGACAGCUGACAUCAAGAAUUCCUAGUGGACUGAUUUUCAUGAAAACAGCAUGAUACACUGAGGAAUAAUUAUCUGAAUGAGUUAUAUGAAGAAUCAGGAAACAUCUUGAUGAGCAAGUGAAAAAAUGCAGCAAAAAUCAUUAAAUGUUUUACAUAACAACUGAGAAAAUAUGUUUUCAGAGAAGGGUAUUGUAUGUGAACACAAUGCAGUGUUUUCAUUUAAAUAUAGUUACGUUCCAUAGGCUUAUUACACCUUACUGAAAACAAUUUGUCAUUCAUAUCAAAUGUGAUUGCCAUUGCCUGAUUGUGAUGUCUGUAUUAAUAUUUUGUGAUGAAAGUGUAGAAGACAACACAACAAUAUUAACGAGUUCUUAUUCAAAUGUGGUUCCUUCUAAUAUUCGGAAUGAGAUUCAUCAAUUUGGAAUGAUUAAUAAAUGCUUAGUUUGUUUUGAACACAAUAAGUACUUGAAACUUAAUUUGCGAGUUUUUGAAAACGUCCGUUUCCUUUUGUCAACUCUCUGGUUCCUACUAAUUAUAAUUUCUCGAUAUGCAAUCCUUUUUUGUAGACUGUUCAAAAAUGUCAAACAAAACACGCACACAAGCAUUCAACUUGUUUCAACAGGCACACAAGUAGGCAGUGUAAAUGUCAACAGGCACACGUAGGCAGUGUAAAUGUCAACAGGCACAUGUAGGCAGUGUAAAUCUCAACAGGCACACGUAGGCAGUGUAAAUGUCAACAGGCACACAAGUAGGCAGUGUAAAUGUCAACAGGCCCAAGAUUGAUUCUACAUGAAGUACUGGAGCACACUUCAUGAAAUUUGCCUUCAUCUAGUUGUCAUUUCUAUAAAAGUCUAUACAUACUAUCUGAAAUUAGUUCAAUACAUACAAGAUUACAUGAGGUUCUUUGCCCAGGCUGGGACAUACUAAAGUCCUUAGAAAUGAUAGUUUUUAUUCCCUGCUUGACGUUCAGCAUUAAGAGUUAUCGCAACUAUUACCUGUUGUCAGUAUAAUGUGACCGGAUGGAAUACUGUGCUUGGUGCCUUUAGCAGUGUAUUUCAGUGAGGUAGCACUUUAAAGUUGGCAUCAGAUCAGCACUACCGCAAGAACGCAAAUAUAUCCUGCAGCCAGCUCACAUAUUUACAAGCAUGCAUACACAACACAAAUGGAGGCAUGUCCUUGAAUGACUAAAGCUGUUGAUAGGAUGUCAAACAAAUAAACCCAAAACCAAACAACAUUACAAGUUUACAUAUACAGUAUAAACAAAUUUUGUAAUGAAUACUUAUACAUGUAUAUAAAGAUGUUGUUGAAAUUUUAAAUUUAGAAUUAGAGUGCUAUUUGACGACAUGUCGAUGAUUUUUGACAGCUGACUUUACUGAUUCGGUUUUUCGAAAGCUCGUAAAAUAACUUUUCAAUUCCUGUAUGUGGUCAAAACAAACUUAUUCAAAUUUAAAAUACCAAAACUUUGUUUAUUUUUACCUAAAUCGAAUAUCUGUUGACAUCACGAUGAUGAUAGGACAUCAAAAAUCAGGCACUGACAUCCCUAUUUGUUAGGCUAUGCAGCAAAAUUUGUGAACAUACGAGUAUGAAACUUAUAGUGAUAAAACAACGAUUUCUGAGAAAAACUCGAGCGUGAAUUACUCUUUUGUAUUUCAUUAAUAAGUUUACUUUGAUGGUGAUUCAUAUUUAAAUGAACACAAUUCAUUGCACAGAAAGUAUUUUAGAGUUUGUUAAAAUCUGGCUUUGGGUAAAAUCUAGAAUAGGUAGAUAAGUGUAGAAAUAAUUGUUUCAGCAUUAAUUGAAGUGCUUUGAUUAUUUUGCUUUACAUUUUGUUUUAACAACCUUAAGAGGGCAGUAAUCUGGUUGGUAGUAACUUAGGUUUACUAUAUUUGAUUGGUCUAUUCUGUAGGAGUAGUUUUAUAUAAUUUUAACUUAGAAUGUUUCAAGUAAUUGCUGUCUAAAUUGUUUGUUUUUGUAAAGUUUCAUGGACUUCUAGUAUGCAAGAAUCUUUCUUCCAAUAGAGGCAGCUUUUCCUCCUCCAAAUAAUAGGAACACGUGUGUUAAAAUUAAACCAGUUUUCUGAUUACACAGGGGUGUGGCACAUAUAUGUAUCCUGUAUGUGUGUUAAGACUGGGGUGAGGAUCUGUGGCAGCCCCCUUUGCUGUCCACCAAUUUUGUUCUAUUGAAUGAAGAGUGCACAAGUAAUUUAUAAUGCUUUCAAUUUUUAAACAAUUUCACACAAUGGACUGUUAUAAUCAAAAUGACGUUGCUUUUGCUUGUAACGAUUAUUUUUAGAAGGAUAGUUAAAUCAUAUUGCAAAAAGUAUUCACAGUUGAUUAAAAAUUAGUAUGAUGUUAUCAUGUCUAUGAAAUUGCAAAGAAAUCAUCUGGAAAAGGAAUUUAGCAGCUACUACAGAGUCUACUUAAUUACAAAAUAAAUGACAUUUGAUGGAACAUUACCUUAAGCUGAAAGGUGUACAAGCUGUGUAGUCCUCAUGGUAUAUAAUGUUAAAUUGAAAACGAAUUGCCCCAGAUAUUGCGUUUCAUCUCUGGGUAAUUUAUGGGAGAUUUUGUUUAUUAAGACGUAUACAACAUAUUUCUAUAAAUUUUAACAGUUUAUACCAACUCUGAUAAUACAUUGAAGGGCUGUAUUGCAGAAAUAUAAUUAUUGCUGCGUUUUUGGUGACAUUUGUUUUAAAGCUUGUAAUUUUGUUAUUUUUGUUGUCAUGUAGAAAGGUAUUUAAAUCUUAAUUAAAUUUUAUGCCGGUGAAAAAUAUCACCUGCAAUUUGUUAAUCACUUUAGUUUAAUUUUAUGCAUGUACCUGUUUUUCCUUCCAUCACUUUAGUUUAAUUUUAUGCAUGUACCUGUUUUUCCUUCCAUCACUUUAGUUUAAUUUUAUGCAUGUACCUGUUUUUCCUUCCAUCACUUUAGUUUAAUUUUAUGCAUGUACCUGUUUUUCCUUCCAUCACUUUAGUUUAAUUUUAUGCAUGUACCUGUUUUUCCUUCCAUCACUUUAGUUUAAUUUUAUGCAUGUACCUGUUUUUCCUUCCAUAUUUGUAUUGACUUUAUGGCACAUUUUCUUUGACUCUUCAUUUAAAUUGUUAGUUUCCUUCAUGUUUUAAUAUGUAGAAUGCGGUGUUGAUUUUGUUUUCAACUUUAAUAAUAAAAAAA